AUGGGUGGCAAAGGUGGUGGCGGUGGAGGUGGCAAAGGAGGAGGUGGUGGUGGCAAAGGUGGGGGUGGAGGUGGAAGUGGAGGUGGCAAAAGUGCUGGGGGUAGCUCUUCAAAGGGCGGCGGUGGCGGUGGCAUGAUGGUUGCUCCAGGUAGUGGAGGAGGGUCGCACAUUUCAAGGGACACUUUUGAAAGUAACCCCCAGGGUUAUUUUUCUGGCCUUCAUUCUAGUGAAAAGGGAAAUAAAUAGAAUAGAUGCUGCCAUUUGAUGUUGUUAUUGAGUGCAACUUUGGCAAGGCUCUCUUAUUAAU